CGCGUCUCUGCGCAGCCGUUUGUCCCUGGGCUCUCGCCGUAGCGGCCGCCGCCCAUCCCUCUUUGUGUGUCUGGGACGCCGCGGAUCUGCGGUGGGGACAGUUGGAGAGGGACGUUCCCGGGAAGUUACCGGCCAGAGGAAGCUUUCUCCACCCCGCCACCUGACAGGUCACAACCAUGUCGGACAAAAGUGAAUUAAAAGCCGAGUUGGAACGGAAGAAGCAGCGGUUGGCCCAAAUCAGAGAAGAAAAGAAGAGAAAAGAAGAGGAAAGGAAAAAAAAGGAAACUGAUCAGAAGAAGGAAGCUGCUGUUUCUGUGCAAGAGGAAUCUGAUCUUGAAAAAAAGAGAAGAGAAGCUGAGGCAUUGCUUCAAAGCAUGGGGCUGACGACAGACUCCCCAAUUGUUUUUUCUGAGUACUGGGUCCCUCCUCCCAUGUCUCCGUCCUCCAAAUCUGUGAGCACACCAAGCGAAGCUGGAAGCCAAGAUUCUGGAGAUGGCGCCGUGGGGUCUAGGACGCUGCACUGGGAUACAGACCCAUCCGUUCUUCAGCUCCACUCAGAGUCCGAUUUGGGACGAGGACCUAUUAAACUUGGAAUGGCCAAAAUUACUCAAGUUGACUUCCCCCCUCGAGAAAUCGUCACUUAUACAAAGGAGACUCAGACACCAGUUACAGCUCAACCCAAAGAAGAUGAGGAGGAGGAAGAUGACGUAACAACUCCUAAACCUCCUGUUGAACCCGAAGAAGAGAAAACCUUGACAAAAGAUGAAGAGAGCGAUAGCAAAGCUCCCCCUCAUGAACUAACUGAAGAAGAAAAGCAACAAAUUUUACACUCAGAAGAAUUUUUAAGUUUCUUUGACCAUUCUACAAGAAUUGUGGAAAGAGCCCUUUCUGAGCAGAUUAACAUCUUCUUUGACUACAGUGGGAGAGAUUUGGAAGACAAAGAAGGAGAGAUUCAAGCAGGUGCUAAGCUAUCAUUAAAUCGACAAUUUUUUGAUGAACGUUGGUCAAAGCAUCGAGUUGUUAGCUGUUUGGAUUGGUCAUCCCAGUAUCCAGAGUUACUUGUGGCUUCCUAUAAUAACAAUGAAGAGGCUCCUCAUGAGCCUGAUGGUGUGGCCCUUGUGUGGAAUAUGAAGUACAAAAAGACUACCCCAGAGUAUGUGUUCCACUGCCAGUCAGCUGUAAUGUCUGCUACAUUUGCAAAAUUUCAUCCAAAUCUUGUCGUUGGUGGUACAUACUCAGGCCAAAUUGUGCUUUGGGAUAACCGUAGCAAUAAAAGAACUCCCGUGCAGAGAACCCCACUGUCAGCCGCUGCACACACACACCCUGUCUACUGUGUGAAUGUUGUUGGAACACAAAAUGCUCAUAACCUGAUCAGCAUCUCUACUGAUGGGAAAAUUUGCUCCUGGAGUUUGGACAUGCUUUCCCACCCACAGGAUAGCAUGGAGUUGGUUCACAAACAGUCCAAAGCAGUAGCUGUAACAUCUAUGUCCUUCCCUGUUGGAGACGUCAACAACUUUGUUGUAGGCAGUGAAGAAGGUUCCGUAUAUACAGCAUGCCGCCAUGGCAGCAAAGCUGGAAUCAGUGAGAUGUUUGAGGGACAUCAGGGACCCAUCACUGGAAUCCACUGUCAUGCGGCUGUUGGAGCAGUAGACUUCUCACAUCUGUUUGUCACUUCAUCAUUUGACUGGACAGUAAAACUUUGGACAACUAAGAAUAACAAGCCUUUGUACUCGUUUGAAGAUAAUUCAGACUAUGUUUAUGAUGUUAUGUGGUCACCCACCCACCCAGCCCUGUUCGCCUGUGUGGAUGGCAUGGGGAGACUGGAUCUGUGGAAUCUCAACAAUGACACAGAGGUACCAACUGCCAGCAUUUCUGUAGAGGGAAACCCUGCUCUUAACCGUGUGAGAUGGACCCACUCUGGAAGAGAGAUUGCCGUGGGUGAUUCUGAAGGACAGAUUGUCAUAUAUGAUGUGGGAGAGCAGAUCGCUGUCCCCCGCAAUGAUGAAUGGGCGAGAUUUGGCCGAACACUUGCAGAGAUCAAUGCAAACCGAGCUGAUGCCGAGGAGGAGGCCGCUACCCGAAUCCCUGCCUAGCCCUGAAAGUGGGCUGUAGCCUUAGUGAAUGGGCACAGAUGAUGAAACUAAAUGCUCAGUCCCUUUGUCUGCCCUGAUUGAGGCGGCUGUGCGUGUACGCGCCGACAGGAAACCACCUCGGAGAGAAGCUUGCCCAUGAACGCAGCAGCCAGGACGGAGCUGCGCUCAGUGCCCACGCUCUGCCCUUACAUCCUCCCUCCAUCUUGGAAUUUGGAGGACAGCUGUACAAACCUGCAAGGCAGAUGGCAGAUGGCAGAUGGCAGAUGUCUGUGUGGUGUGGCAGUCGCCUGUCUCAAGACCAGGGAGGGAAGGCUGGAUCGGAUCUUGAAGAUUUACGUGCUCCGAGUUGUCCUUUCUUGAAUCCUUCUGAGUUUAACUUUUCACUUGACAGAACUUGAACUAAGAGAUUAGAUCAGAAUUUGAACUUUUACAUUUUGGUUUAAUAACAAGGAUUUAUUGAGAGAGAAUUAUCCAUAGCAGAACUUCUAUAUAGCAGAAAUUCUACAUACCAGAACUUGCUCAUUCUUAGUACUCUGUGGUGUAAGGAAUAAUUGAUCAGAGAUACUAGACCCAAACUGUAGUUCUAUCUUAACACCCAUGAGAAAUGUGAUGUUAGCCAAGCCUGAGCCUUAUUCUUACAUUUAUGAAUUGUCAGUUUCAUUAUUUCUAAAUUGUAUCCCAGCUCUAAAAAGAGUAACCUUAAUUGUAUCAUUUACUUCUCCCCUUUAGAAUGUCUCAUUUUCAUGAGUUGGCCCCCCACCUCCCCUUAGUUGUCUGUUACAUACCAAAGAAACAUCUCCUGGUAGUAAUGUCUAAGUCCAAAGUUCAGUGUCAGCAGGGCCCACUGUCAUUCUGUAGAAGAGUUCAGAUACUCAGAGGUACUGUGUGUCUGUUCUUAGUCUGUAAAAAUGAAUAGGAAAAAGGGAUAAUACAAAUGUUAAAAUAGAAAUGGUCA